AGAGCCGAAAGGAACAUCAAGACUCGGCUCACAUGGUCCCUUCUAUAUCUCUUCUUCCCAUCAUUCAUACCUCUCUCCCCUUCCAUUGUUUUUCGUUACAUCACUUGUAACUUUUCAUACCUUUGAGCACAAACCCAAGAAAAUAAAGAGUGACUUCCUUUCUCCCUGCGUUUUUGUUCUCUAUUUAGCUUAAGAAAUUUAUACGCAUUUUCUUAUGAAACAUACGGAGCCGUGCAAAGAGUUUUCUAUGGUGAAAUGGAGGAUGAGGAGGAGGCGGACUGCUUGCAGUGGCGGAGGCAGCACCGGUGGUCGAUCAGUUAGAAUGAAGAUCAAAAGGUUGCAAAAGCUAAUUCCGGGAGGGAAAUUGAUGCAACCGGAUCGCCUGUUCUUGAGGACGGCAGAUUAUAUACUGCAUUUGCGCUUACAACUUAAUCUUCUGCAAGCUCUUUCCAAGAUUUACCAACCCUCAAUUUAAUCUCUCCUUUUCUUUUUAUAAGGGUAAAGGUAAAAGUUAUUUAAAGAUUGAAUGAUGUUAACUAAACACUCCAAUAAUUCAGUCGACAUUAAUAUUCAAAUAUUUAUGUAGAUUAUAUAUAAUAUAGAAUUUAUAUGGCAUUUGCUGCCUUGCCAUAUACAAAUGUACUCUCUUCCUUCUUCUUCUUUUUUUUUUUUCUUAUAGUAAUUAUAUUUGAAUGUUAAGGUUUUUCUCCUAAGAA